UCAGUUCAUGCAAGCAAUUAUUUUAUUCCUUUACUCUUUAGUAUCAAAUCUUGUUUCUUCUUUUGUUCAAGACAAGAAGAAACAUAAUGGAUGCCUUGUCUUCCACUUUCCUUUGUACAUUAUCACAACACCCUAAAUCUCUUCUAUCUCCUAAUUAUUCUCCCAAUACAUCAUCUUCUCCUACUCCUAAGGUCUCCUCCGUUAGAAUUGAAGAAAGGCCACAAACCACUACUAGAACAAAACCACAAGAAAAGCCAACCCCAUCACCCUAUACCACUCCCAAAAGACAAUUACGUACAAAAUCAAUAACCACCAAAAAAACAGUAGAGCCAUCAUUUCCAUCGGUUAUCUUCAAUGCAUUUGACGAUUUCGUGAACACUUUCAUUGAUCCUCCUUUGAAACCUUCUGUCGAUCCAAAGUAUAUUCUUUCUAACAACUUCGCUCCGGUGGAGGAGCUUCCUCCUACUGAAUGCGAGGUCGUGGUAGGCUCCCUUCCGCCUUGCCUUGACGGCGCGUACAUCCGAAAUGGCCCCAAUCCUCAGUAUCUUCCACGUGGACCUUACCAUCUUUUUGAUGGAGAUGGAAUGCUUCAUUCCAUUAAAAUUUCUCAAGGCAAAGCUACACUCUGCAGCCGAUACGUCAAAACUUACAAAUACACAAUUGAACGUGAAGCUGGUUCUCCGGUUUUCCCAAAUGUAUUUUCCGGUUUCAACGGUCUCACCGCCUCGGCAGCGCGUGGUGCUAUCACCGCGGCUCGAGCGAUUGCAGGACAGUUCAAUCCCACUAACGGCAUAGGCCUAGCAAACACAAGCUUGGCUUUAUUCGGAGGCAAACUUUUCGCCCUUGGUGAAUCUGAUUUACCGUAUGCAGUAAAAUUAGACCCGGAUGGUGAUAUUAUUACCCUCGGCCGUUACGAUUUUGACGGAAAGCUUUUCAUGAGCAUGACGGCACAUCCUAAAAUUGACCCAGAUACUAACGAAGCUUUUGCUUUCCGUUACGGUCCAAUGCCUCCUUUUUUAACUUACUUUAGAAUCGAACCAAAUGGUACAAAAACCCCAGACGUGCCAAUAUUUUCUAUGACACGUCCGUCAUUUCUUCAUGACUUUGCAGUUACAAAGAAAUAUGCGAUAUUCUCGGACAUACAAAUAGGGAUGAACCCACUUGAGUUCAUCACCGGUGGUUCACCGGUGAGUUCCGACUCGGGGAAAAUUCCCCGUCUUGGCGUGAUUCCACGUUACGCCAAGGACGAGUCAGAAAUGAGGUGGUUCGAUGUGCCCGGGUUUAAUAUCGUACACGCGAUUAAUGCGUGGGAUGAAGAUGGCGGGGAUACUAUAGUGAUGGUGGCGCCGAAUAUAUUGUCGGUGGAGCAUACGCUGGAGAGAAUGGAUAUGAUACAUGCGUCUGUUGAGAAAGUGAAGAUAGAUUUGAAGAGUGGGAUGGUGAGCAGACAUCCAGUGUCGACAAGGAAUCUUGAUUUUGGAGUCAUCAAUCCCGCUUAUGUGGGGAAGAAGAACAAGUAUGUAUAUGCAGCGAUUGGAGAUCCUAUGCCAAAGAUAGCUGGCAUAGCUAAAUUGGAUGUAUCAGUAGCAGAAGCUGAUCGGCGCGAUUGCAUAGUGGCGUGCCGAUUAUUUGGAGAAGGCUGCUUUGGCGGCGAGCCAUAUUUUGUGGCAAAGGAUCCCAACAAUUCGGCAGCAGAUGAGGACGAUGGAUACGUUGUGUCGUAUGUGCACAAUGAGAAGACAGGAGAAUCAAGGUUCUUGGUCAUGGAUGCAAAGUCCCCUAAUCUUGAAAUUGUGGCUGCUGUCAAAUUGCCUCGUCGAGUGCCUUACGGUUUCCACGGGCUUUUCGUUAGGGAAACUGAUCUUAGCAAACUGUAGAUAUAUACGGAUAUUUUGUUUAAAAGAGGGUGUGGGUGUCAUCUAAAACAUCUUCCUUGUAUAUAUACUAGUAUAAAAACCCGAUGCCCGAAAAUUUGACAGAAUAUUAAUCUUAUAAAGCCAGCGUCUAAUAUAUCAUAUUUAUUUAAAAUA